GUCACAUAGCUCAGAUGGUAGCGUUAGCUAUUGGCCCAGUCCAGAUACCCAGGUUGCAUGGAUUCUACUUUUUAACUGAAUACGUCACAUGCAGCAAUGAAUUAUGGAUUUCUGCAAGUCCGCCUCGAAAAGGACGGAAAUAGGACCGGAGAUGGGCUGGGCGAAGGGCGGAUGUGGAGAAUGUGGGACAAACUGCGAACUCAAACCCUUCAAUAUGAGCAUGAGCAUGAAGAGGGAGGGCGAGUCCUGGGUCAGGACCGCUGUUCCCUUACAAGUUUGUUAGAGGACGGGUUUGGUGUUUCCGUGUUUCCAGUGAAAAUGUCUUCAGUUCCGCCUCAGAGAGAGUUUAUCAACGAGCAGGUAACUCCUGCUGGAGAAACAUUCACAGAGUGGAAAGAAAUCAACGUUAAGAUGGAGGAAGAGAUGGAGGAUCAGCGCAGACUGGUGGAUUUUACCCGGAUACCGAGGAUCAUCUUACACCGGAUAGAUCUCCCACAGUGCUGGGUGUGUAAAGAGGAGGAGGUUCUCAAUGAAUUCAGCAACCAGGAGAGGAAGUCCACUUCAGGUAAAGAAGAACCAGAACAUCAAGAGUUCAAAGAGGAAGAGAAGCAACUCUGCAUCAGUCAGGAUGAAGAGCAGCUUGUGCUGAAACAGGAGACUGAUGACAUUUUGGUGAAUCCUCUUAAUGUGCAAAGAAUCCACAAUGAAACAGAACCACAGAGGAACCAACUCAUCUCUCAUGGCUCUGCUGAGGAUGAGAACCAGGAUCAGGAAGGCAGCAAUUCUGAAGACCCGGGAAAAAAGAGAGACAAAGAACAGAAACAAAAGGAGAAAUAUGAGAAAACCAAAGAGCAGAAAGGCAGAACUGACACUUCAAAACAAAAAAAGCACAAGAAAGCUCACGCAGAGCAAAAAUUAUAUUCUUGUAAAAUUUGUGAUAAAAUCUUUUCUCAAAACAGUAACUUGAUGAGACACAUGAUAACUCACACAGGACAAAAACCUUUCACUUGUUCAACCUGUGGGAAAAGUUACAUACAAAAGGCUGGUUUAAUUUGUCACAUGAGAAUUCACACAGGUGAGAAGCCUUUCUCAUGUGUGACCUGUGGAAAAACCUAUGGCACCAAAAGAACUUUAAAUUGGCACAUUAUGAUUCACACAGGUGAGAAACCUUUCUCAUGUGUGACCUGUGGAAAAAGUUAUCGAAGGAAGUGUGAUUUACAGAGUCACAUGGUGAUUCACACAGGUAAAAAUCCUUUCUCAUGUGUGACCUGUGGAAAAACUUAUCGAAGGAAGUGUGAUUUACAGAGUCACAUGCAGAUUCACACAGGUGAAAAGCCCUUUACUUGUGUAAAUUGCGGAAAAAGCUAUCGAAGCAAAUAUCCUUUAAAUUGUCACAUGAGAAUUCACACAGGUGAAAAGCCCUUUUCUUGUGUAAAUUGCGGAAAAAGCUAUCGAAUGAAGUGUGAUUUACAGAGUCAUAUGAGAAUUCACACAGGUGAAAAGCCCUUUUCUUGUGUAAAUUGUGGAAAAAGCUAUCGAAGGAAAUCUAAUUUAAAUUGUCACAUGAGAAUUCACACAGGUGAGAAGCCUUUCUGUUGUGGGACCUGUGGAAAGAGUUUCAUCUGUAAAGACCAAUUAAAUGUACAUAUGAGAAGUCACACAGGUGAGAAGCCUUUCUCUUGUGGGACCUGUGGAAAAAGUUUCAUCUGUAUAGGUCAAUUAAAUGUACAUAUGAGAAAUCACACAGGUGAGAAGCCUUUCUCCUGUGGGACUUGUGGAAAAAGUUUCACCAAAAAAGACACUUUAAAAGUUCAUAUGAAAAGUCACACAGGUGAGAAGCCUUUCUCUUGUGGGACCUGUGGAAAAAGUUUCAUCUGUAAAGGCCAAUUAAAUGUACAUAUGAGAAGUCACACAGGUGAGAAGCCUUUCUCUUGUGGGACCUGUGGAAAAAGUUUCAUCUGUAAAGGCCAAUUAAAUGUACAUAUUAGAAAUCACACAGGUAAAAAGCCUUUCUCAUGUGUGACUUGUGGAAAAGGUUUUCGAAGCAAAUAUGAGUUACAGAGUCACAUGAAGAUUCACACAGGUGAAAAGCCAUUUUCUUGUGUAAAUUGCGGAAAAAGCUAUCGAAUGAAGUGUUAUUUACAGAGUCACAUGAGAAUUCACACAGGUGAAAAGCCCUUUUCUUGUGUAAAUUGCGGAAAAAGCUAUCGAAGCAAAUCUAAUUUAAAUCGUCACAUGAGAAAUCACACAGGUGAGAAGCCUUUCUCAUGUGUGACUUGUGGAAAAAGUUUUCGAAGCAAAUAUGAGUUACAGAGUCACAUGAAGAUUCACACAGGUGAAAAGCCCUUUUCUUGUGUAAAUUGCGGGAAAAGCUAUAAAAGCAAAUCUAAUUUAAAUUGUCACAUGAGAAUUCACACAGGUGAGCUUAAUUUCUCAUGAACAAGCUGAUAAAAGUUUUUUUUCUAUAAAUGGCAAAUAACUUAUCACAUGAGGACUCACAGGUAGAAAGCCUUUUUCUUGUGUGACUUGUGGAGAAAGCUUCCGCAGCAAAUUUAGUUUAAAUCGUCACAUGAUGUUUCACCGGUGAGGAACCUUUCUCAUGUAGCCUGUGGAAAAAGUUUCACUCAAAAAAAAAAAAAGAGUUUAACUGUACAUAUAAGAAUGGGAUAAUGUGAACCUUAAGUAUCAAAUAGUUUUAUCUUUCAUAAAACUUUUUCAUGUUUUUUAAAUGAGCUUUUAAUCUUUAAGUGUCUUUUAAAUAAUGUACUGUGUAUUUGUAACGUUUUAAAGGAACAAUGCAUUGGAACAUUUUUAGUUUUAGACUUAAACUUUUGUAGUGUGUUUAUUUUUUGUUGUACUUGUACUUUGUUUUAGUUUCAUGAUUACUGUUAGCCGUUCCUGUAUGCACUGGUGUAGUCACAGACAAAUUUUGCUUCAGCAAUAAUGUUUCCUGGACUUUAAUCUACAUAUACACUAUUAUAUACAUUGGAUGUAGAGGUGUCUCAGAAAACUCUACGACAUACACUAAACCAGAAGCAUGGUUCUGGUCUAAUGGUUGACUUGGUUUCUGUAUAUAUUUCUGUACUAUAUAUGUUUUUCUAGUGGUUUAAUGUUAUGUUGUAAUUUUAAAUGUCAUGUUUUCAUUGCUUGUAAAUGUAAAAUUAUCUUUCAACAGAAAUAAAG